AUGUCUGAGCAAGAAGGAGCCCCGCCCCCAGAGCACCUCAACAUCAAGGUGACCGACAACAACAACGAGGUCUUCUUCAAGAUCAAGAGAUCCACUCAACUGAAGAAGCUCAUGGAUGCGUUCUGUGAGCGCCAGGGGAAGCAGAUGGCGACUGUCCGCUUCCUCUUCGACGGCACACGAGUGCGCCCGGAAGACACUCCGGACACUCUCGACAUGGCCGAUGGUGAUACCUUGGAGGUUCACCAGGAGCAGAUUGGCGGGUAA